AUGCCUCCAAUUCCAUCUUCAUCCUCAUUGUCGCCUCGCAUCCUAGUGGCGCGUUUUCUCAGGUCCAAUAACUACUCGCAAACGUUGGCAGCAUUUAUCGAGGAAGCAGGCCUACCAGCUGAGGCGGGGUCUUUGGUUUCUGAGUCUGAAAACGAAAAUUGGACUAUUGAGAAAAUAAUGGAGGAAAAGAGAGUUUUUGAUAAGACUUUGGAACUAGAAAGGUUCGGCAGUGCAGACGCGGCGCUGGAGGAGAGGUGGAGGUCUCCUGCACCAUCGAUACCAAUACCUAUUGAAACUCCAAGUGAAGCAAAUAUCCUUUCGGCCUCUGUUCAACCUUGUAUAAAAAUAUCUGAAGAUGGCCACCCAGAGGUCUCAUCGGGAAUCAUAUACACAGGGGCGGACAGGCGCCUGAGCCUCAUUGAUAUUGGCCCUUGUUACCACGUCGCUUUGACAUAUGAAAAUGUAGCAGAUUCCCCGAUUCUAAGCUGCGUUUCUCUAUAUGAUGGAGCGUACAGAGCCAUGACGACGAUGUCUGGACUACUAAUACUAUUCCAAGGGCCAAGACCGAAAAUCUUGGACUCGAGAAAGGACCAUACCAAGUAUGCCGUGAGCGUGGUCAGCUUUCAGGAAGAACCGCCAGAAGUGCAAACGACAUGGUUAGCAACAGCAGGCUGGGACUCGAGAGUAUAUAUCUACCGCAUCACUGCACCGGACAUAGGUGCACAACCCUCGAUUGGGGAGCCGCUGGCAGUUAUCAAAACGGCCACGAUACCAGAAUGCAUUCUUUUCAUCCGUAAUCGGGAUACAGGAGACUUGGUCCUUCUAGCUUCGCGACGUGACUCUACAAAUCUAUAUUACUACCUUGUUGAAUCGCCCCUUACAAGAUUGGAGAAACGGGACAGUAGCCAUUCAAAGCUGUAUGAAUGCCCGCUUCUCGGCAAGCAGAACCUGGCACCACAUUCGAACGCCUGGAUUGCGUUUUCCCCAGCAUGCUUUGCUAUUAGCCCGCGGGACCCGGGCCUCCUUGCCGUCGCAACUUCUUCCCAGCCGCAUAUGAAACUAAUAAUGGUCCGGCUCCUCAUACCAUCAACUGCAUCCGAAGCGGUUCGGGCACGUGCGGAGACGCAAGCCUCGCAGGCACUAGCAGAGCUAACUAUCCAAAAUCGAGAGGAUUCUGCAAUCGUCGUCCAGGUCAACACAAUGGCUCCACAGACAGCGUAUUCGAUUCCACAGGUGGUAUGGAGACCAGAUGGGUCUGGGGUCUGGGUGAAUGGAGAUGACGGGAUGAUUAGAGGCAUUGAAGCCAAGACAGGGAGACUUAUUACAAAAUUAGAGGGCGGGCAUGAGCCUGGGUCUAAGGUCAGGAGUCUAUGGGCGGGUUGGGUAAGUGAGCAUGAAGGAGAGGCUGGAGUUGGGGAAUUGGUGUUGAGCGGGGGAUUUGACAAAAGGUUGAUUGUUUGGAAGGUUGGGUCGUGA